AUGGAUUGCUACAGUUUCACCGAUGAAAGCUCUCUCCAAACCGAAAUGCAUCUGCCUUUGCUAUCAGACAGUGAGUUGCCCAUUGCAAGUAAUAUCCAGAGACGAGAAUUCAUCCCAGACCCUGAUGAUAUUAUUUAUGCAGGAAUGACAAGUAUAGAACUUGAUUAUAACCUGGAGACUGCAGAAAUUCCUGGCGAUCCAUUUGCUGACAAUGUAGAUCUAUCCCUCUAUACUGUAGAUAAGGGAUGUGACUCCCCAAAGAUUCCCAGUGACUCCACGGACACAGAUUCUCCACCCGUGUUGCUAGAUAUUAGUCCUGUACCUCAAAAAAAUAGCCCUGAGAAAAGUGGAGGUAAAAGUGAAGGGAAAUAUGGAGGGCUGCAGAAGAGAAGGCGUCUCUCCACACGGCAUUCUCCGCAGCAAGCAUUCCAGGAAUGUAGCCAAUGCGGAAAGUCAUUCAGCAGUGCCAGUGCCCUGAGCAAACACUACCUGACGCACAGUCAUGAACGUCGGCAUGUCUGCAGGAUCUGUAAUAAGGCCUUUAAGAGACAGGACCACUUAUCUGGGCACUUGUUAACACACCAAAAAAAUAAACCUUAUGUUUGUAUGGAACAUGGAUGCGACAAGAGCUAUUGUGACUCCCGGUCUUUGCGACGUCACUAUGAGGUUCAGCAUGGCUUGUAUUGUCAGAGGGAGCCUUUUGCUGACAACAGCUCGAAAGAAGUGGACUCAACAGAGGGUGUGCUGUACCCCCAGAGUGGACAAACUCAGACCCUUCAGUGUGAAGUGGGAGUGGCUCAGAGGCCGACAACACAGGUUGAGUCUCUUUCUCAAAGAUCUUGUCUGCCUAACCGAGACAUGCUGAGGCCCCUAACGAGCAGUCCUCCUGAAGAAGUUUCUGCCACUUUUUCAAGUGGUGCUUUGCAUAAGCUGGACUCAUUUGCUCAAGCCUUUACAAGGCAGAAUUUGGAUAUUCAGUCAAAUUCCUCUGUUGUGAAGAAUCAGAGUGAAAACUCAUCAAUGUCUGAAUUUGAUACUUGUGGAAAUGUCUUCAGACAACUUUUGAGUUACAAAACAAAUUUGAAUCAGUGGCAAGCCUAUCCUGAACAGAAACGUGAAAUACUGCAGGAGCAGUACUCUCUGCACCAGCAACAUCAACAGCAGAUAGCAACUUCACUGUUUACGCAAGUCUACAUGGGAGAUCAAGAGGCCUCCCCGAUGCAAAACCAAGACCAGUUUCAAAACCAUAUGCUCCACCUGAUUUCUGAUACCCAGUACAAUCUGUCUCAAUCCCAAAAUUCGUUUCAAGCAACAAAACAGUGCCAACUCUCCAAGAAUAUUCUCUCUUGCUAUCCACAAGAGACAGAAUGUACAGACCAGCAGACAGGAACUGGUUUACAGCCUGUGUUAAGGGGAAUCUCAGAAUGUCACAAGAAAUCCAAGAAGAGUCCAUUCAAAGGACAAUGUCCUCCUCAGUCAAUGUGUGAAGAAGUUGUUGUUCAGAAUCAGCUUCAGUCACAGUCAGAGCAGUUGGAAGGUAAAUCCAGUAAGAGUGUGUCAAUUUCUCGAAAGGAACGACAGAAAUUAGAUCCCAAUUGCACUGCUCCUCCUAGUCAGGUGGCUAUGAACUCCUUUCCUGUUCAGAAUUCUUUAACGAGGAAUAUGGAAGACUGUCUUCAGAAACCAUCUUUUUAUGCUAGUGUACAGGUGACUGAUAAUGGAAUUGAGAAAAUGGAACAUGGUGGAUUGUUCUUUCAGUAUCUGGAGGAUAAACUCAGUGCUCUUCUGCUAAAGAAGCCACUUGAGGAAAAUGUGGCAGUGCCGUUAGUGAUUCCAGUGUCAGUGCCUGUAAAAUCCAAGAAAGAUGGCACAUCUGUUAAAUCUGAAAAUUCACCAGUUACACCAAGGAAGUCGGUCACAACAAAAUUGACUGAUGUAAUAGUGUCCUCGAAUGACAGCUCUGCCCAGGUCACUGAAACAGGCAAACAAGCAAAUGUAAAUUGUAGAGGCAAUUCCAAAAAGCAACGUAAGAAGCGAUCUCGUCCAGACCCCCUCUUUAUCCCAUCACCAGCAUCAAAUCAGACUGGGGUGCUGCCAGGGAUGGUACUGUACCAGAGCCAUAUGCGUUCCCCCGUUUGCUUAGCAGAUCACCUUCUAGAGAAAAACUUUCAACCUCCGCCAUACACACCUCCCCCGAUGUUGAGUCCCAUCCGUCAUGGCUCAGGACUUUACUUCAACAGGAUCUGUUCUUUGUCUGGGAGUAAGGCAUCACACAAUACAUACCCUCCUAAAGGAAUUCUGGCCAAUGGUGUAGAUGGAAUUUGUGGUAUCUCUGUGGUUAAAGAUGACUCUAUAGUCACCAUAGAACCGCAUAUUAACAUUGGAACACGGUUCCAGGCAGAGAUUCCGUUACUGCAAGACAAGUCGUUACUUGAUGAUAGUGUUCAUCAAGCAGAUCUAGUAUGGAAACCAUGGGAUGACAUUGAAACUAAUAAAAUCACUCAGACGAGAGUGACAGAUCUGUUGAAUUUAGCUUGUUCGAGUGUGCUGCCUGGAGGAGGUACCAACUUGGAAUUAGCUCUGCAUUGUCUACACGACACCCGGGGAGAUAUUUUGGCUGCCCUGGAUAUGUUACUAAUGAAAGGUGUAAGGCGAGACCCUUGUCACCCCUUGGGAGAUUACCACUACACUGGUACUGAGAAGUGGACUACGGCAGAGAAAAGGUUGUUUAAUAGGGCAAUUUGCCUUAACAACAAGGAUUUCUUCCUGAUGCAGAAGAUGAUAAAACACAAGACCGUGGCACAGUGUGUUGAAUAUUACUACACCUGGAAGAAACAGCUAAAGUUUGAGUGGAAGCGAACACACUUGCUUGAGGAAGACGAGAUAAAGCCUGAGGCAGAGAGUCCCGCUGAUGGAAAAGAAAUAAAAAAGCUGGUUAGAAAUGCUGCUAUUUAUGCUCAGUCAUGCUCAGAGAGUACAAGCAUUCCUUCCCAGACAAGCGUGAGCAGAGAAAAACUAAAGAAGAAAAUUGUACGGGCUAAGCCUAACCCUUCUCCAUCAGUUCACUGUCAGACAGGAGUCCAAGACAAGAAUGAGAAAAAGUUUACUGUGGGAAACUUCCCAUGUAAAGAAUGCACAAAAGUAUUUGACAAAGUGAAAAGUCGAAAUGCUCACAUGAAAUGUCAUAGGCAGCAGGAGGAGCAAGAAAGGCAGGCAGAGAUGAAACGAUCGAGGAUACGUGUGAAAGCUGAGCCAAAGGAGGAACCAGAGGAGACAGUCUUGGUCUUCACCUCCAACAAUACGUCAAACAUUACCACAUCAUAA